AUGGAAAACGUUGAGCAAAGGAUCCGACAGGCAGUCAAGGAUGAGACGAUCCUCGGUGCUGUCCUGGUCGCCAAGGACAAAUCCGGCAAACUAGAUUACCACCGCGCUUUUGGCAAGCGCCAAGUCAAGCCAGAAGAGAAACCCAUGGAGCUGGACACGGUUCUUGCCAUUGCUUCCAUGACCAAGCUAAUGACGACCAUUGCCGCACUCCAGCUCGUAGAACGCGGCGCCGUGACCCUGGAUGAAGAUGUCGGCAGACAUCUAAAUGUUUUGGCCCGGCAGGAAGUCGUGCGUGGUUUCCAGCCCGACGGGACCCCGAUUGCAGAGAAGCGCAGGAAUCCCAUCACCCUGCGGCAGCUCCUCACGCACAGCUCGGGCGUCGGGUACGACUUUGUCCAUCCCGAGAUCAACAUGUACAAGAAGCACCACAAGUUGCCGAUGGGCAAGACUAUCAAUGAACGCUUUGGCGCGCCGCUCCUCUAUCAACCAGGAGAGGGCUGGUCGUAUGGCGGCAGUAUGGACUGGGUGGGCCGACUGGUCGAGGUUCUCAGCGGACUGAGUCUCGAAGACUACAUGAAGAAGUACAUUUGGGACCCUCUUGGGAUCAAGGACGCUACAUUUUGGCCGGCAACGCGGCCUCAAGAGUACAGAGACCGCCAGUCGGCGAUGGCGAUACGCGACAGCAAGACGGGCAAGGCUGUCCAGUCGCGCAAGCCCAUUGACCUCGGCAGUGGGUUGACCGAGGCCGCUGGUGGUCAGGGCGCAUUCAUAACCAUGGAUGAUUACAUGAAGGUUAUGCAUUCGCUAUUGAUGGAUGACGAGCGUCUGCUCCGCAAAGACACGACCGAGAUCAUGUUCAAGCCCCAACUCUCGCCGUCUGCCAAAGCCGCUCUCUUGGAGUCCGGCUGGGCAGUUGGUGUCGGCAAUUUUCCAGAGACCAAUGAGUACGACUGGGGUCUUGGAGGAAUCUUGAUUGAUGGAGAUAAACAUCCAUACAGGAAAAGGAACGCUCUUACUUGGAGCGGGGCACCAAACUUGGUUUGGUUCAUCGACAGAACAGCUGGUGUAUGUGGCGUAUUUGGCUGCCAAUUAUUACCCACGAAAGACGAAAAGGUUGAAGCAUUGAUCCAGAUCUUCGAGGAAGGAGUAUACAAUUAUAGUACCAACAGGAUAAAACUGUGA